AGUAAUGCAGGCGUCGAAUAGCGAAUGACAGAUCGAACGGGCUUUGGGCAGGGCCUGGAAUCGCGUCUCUUCAGUUGCCGGCUCUUUUCUUUUAAGGCCGGGCAGCGACGACGGCGAGGGCUCGCUCACCCGCCCGCGCCAGGCGACCCGGGGAGGGCUUGGCGGCCCGGCCUGCCACCGGGGCGGGGGAAUCGUCGACGGUGGCCAGCCAUGGCCAGAUCGGCCUCGACGUGUGACAUGCGCGAUUUGACUCAUGGGCUCUCGUUCUCGUCGUUCCGAGAGUCUGUAGCUUAGAGGAAGGGCAAUGAUCGCUCAGAGGUUGCGGUGCGGUGUGCCCGUGGGUAUCACGCGGUGCCCGACAAUCUGCAGGAUGUGCUCGACCCAGCUGCCUUGCCAGAUUGACGGAAGGAUAAUUUCCAGGAUAUGUGGAAGGCAGGAUGUCAUCUCGUCGAGGAAAGACUGGUUCUGUCCUUCGGUCGAUGGCCUGUGGGGCCGUGAUGGCAGGCGGGACGCGUUGCCUGAGCUGGGGUCGAAGAAGUUGGGCAAAUUGAUCAAAGGGAAUUGGUCGUGCGCUCCUUCCUGCGUUGGUCGCCAUGAGUUUAGAGAAUUUAGCAUCCAGUCGAUCGCGAAUUCAAAACCCAAUUGGGCUGUCACUGCCCCCGGAAGAGCUGGAUCCGCGGGACUCAGAGCAUCUGCCGUUCGUGGAUCUGCGCGUACCGACGCCGGCGUAGAAUUGGAAGUCGAAGAUCGAGCUCAGUUUAUGCGGAAGAAGAAAGUUGCUCUCUGGGUUGGCUACGUUGGAACAGACUACAAAGGUCUUCAAAUUGUUAGGGGCUCGGACUCCGUAAAGACUAUCGAAGGAGAACUUGAGAAAGCCAUUUUCAAAGCUGGAGGUAUUCUUGAGAGCAACUAUGGCAGCUUGGAGAAAGUCUCCUGGUCCCGAAGCAGUCGGACGGACAAAGGGGUUCACUCUCUGGCCACCGUCAUUACAAUGAAAAUGGAACUACCUCCAACAGCUUGGAUAUCUGAUACAGAUGGUUUGCAGUUGGCCGAAAGCAUAAACAUCCAUCUACCUUCAACGAUUCGAGUGUUUGGAGUUGUCCCAGUGACCAAGUCUUUCGAUGCUAGGCGUUUCUGCUGCACCCGAACUUACAAUUAUUUGCUUCCAGCUGACUUAAUCGAGAUUGGUGAGGACACCCCACCGGAAGUUGUAGGCCAGCGUAUCGAAGAAUUUCGUCAAAUCCUCAAUCAGUUUGUGGGCAGGUUCCCGUUCCACAAUUUCACACAGCGCAGGCUCUACAGAAGCAGUACACUGAAUGCUAAGAGUUCUUGGGGAAAGAACAACAGCCGUCGACGCUCUCCAUUUCCUGUGAAAACAGAGGUAGUAGCUGGAACUGAAGGAGAUGGAUUAGAUGAGGAUGCAGACCAACCUGAAGCCGAAGAAAAAAUUCCGGAUGUCAACUCUACUUUGUUAAGUGAUAUGUUAGACGUCAAAGCUUACUGGCUGAGUUCUCCAAAUUUGGCUGAUAAACUUGGUCCAUCUCACUUCAGACGAAUUUUAGAAUGUUCUUGCGGUGGAUUGGAAGUUAGCAACGGGGUUCGCUUCGUCCGCAUCUCAAUCACCGGGGAAUCCUUUAUGGUCCAUCAGAUAAGGAAGAUGGUUGCUACAGCAGUAGGUGUUGCUAGGGGACUGUUGCCUCGUGACAUUAUAUCCCUCUCUCUGUGUCGGCACACCCGAGUUAUCCUUCCCCUGGCCCCUUCCGAAGGUCUACUGCUCGCUCGUAACUCUUUUUAUCCAUUUCGACAACUACUUGCUCCAGCAAGCGAAAGGGCUUUCCGUGAAAGCGAUGUCGGCGUCGAAAGGUUGAAGGAGUUACCGAAGUUACACAUGUCUAAUCGUAUAGAAGAAAACGUCGAUGUGUUUUGGCGGAACGUACUUUUACCCAGAAUGACCCCCUUAUUAGACGAAUCCUUGCCUCAUUGGAGUUUCUUUCUAAAAAAUCUAGAGUUACAGGGGUUCAUAGGUGAAGCGGAAAUAGCCGAAGUGAGGACGAAAUGGACAAACUGGAGGGAAGAAAGUCGCUUGAAGAUGGAAGCAGAGAUGGCAGCUGGUAAACUGACUAGUGAGAUAGACGACGAUAUAUUGCCUGAAGGUGUGCCUGAGGUGGAAAACAGAAGUACGGAGACUGGAAGUCAAAGUUGAGACUUCCACUUGAUACUGGACAUAGCGAUAAUUUCUCUUGUCGAGCUCGUGUGCAUUAGGUGAUCCACGCCUUUGUAUCCUUUCAAGACGUGGGAUUUUCUGAAUUUUGUCCUGAGGCCUUCACCGUUUUUUGUUGACUUGCCGGUUUAGGAAGUAUUGGUAUCGUGGCUCUAUUUUCUUACGCUGAUGGAGCUAUUUACACUGUCCUGGAUCGGAAGUGAGUAUACCCCCGAAGCAAAGAAUCUCUCUUUCGAGCAGUCCCGGUCUUCUUUCAGAAUAGAGUGAGUACUGUGAACUGAGUAUGCUAUAGUCGUGAAGAUACGGAGAUGGACAGUGGAAUUGGUCUAAAAACAAUUGCAAUACCGUCGUCAAUGGAGUCAGUCCGGGUGCUCUCGCGAGGAUUUUGUAAUUUAGUGAAACAAGUGAUAUACCUUACGAAGGUGUGGAUAGUCAUGUAGCGCGUUACCUCUCUGACUGACAGAUAAACUCAUAAACGAGAGAGCACGUAAGAUCUCUCACAGGCAGUUCUGAG